GGUAUGUGAUGUCAUACCACUGCUAGACAACCUCAGAGCACCCUCUACCCAUACAUUGAGAGCAUGGGAGUGCCCACUACAUAGGGACUACCCAAGAUCAAACCUGGCUCCCACCCUCUAAUCGUCACUCAACUAGAGGUGACGCUAUCCCGAUCAUUGCACAUUACAACGCAAUUUGCCGUCUGCGUGGCAUCACGAUGGUCGAGGCAGUGAGCACGUGGUGUCACGCAGCUGCUUAAUCUGCUAAAACUGUGUGGCGUUUUGAAUUAGGUUCACAUUUUACUAUUUUUUUAUCGUAGUGUUGUGUUGAUGUGAAUGUUCAAAUACUUGCACUGAAGAGUGUUUUGAGAUGCCUAAAGUGUUUUGAUGCAAUUUUAUUUAUUUAUAUAUAUUCCAAUAACAAUUUUAAGCUUUCAUUACAAUUUAAAUAAGUCAAUGUAUUCACAAUCAAAUACCUAAAGUCACAAUUGUACCUAACCGAGACCUCUCAGAUUUUAGUAGCAACAUUUUAUUUUUUAUAAUUAUUCUUCCCUGUACCUGGAUAAAAUUACACGACUAUGCUUACAGGUGACACGUGGUUUGUUUUCAUUUUCUUCAGGUGACUCGAUGCAUUUGUUGUGAUGGCAUCAAAAGAUCCUGCAUAUGAGAUCAUUAAAACCAACAAAGUGAAUCUGCAGAAAUACCUCCAGGCGAAGUCUUCAGAAGUGCUUGACCAUUCCUAUCAAACAGGGAUAGUCCUGGACAGUGAAUACGCGUCUCUUAACAGCGAGAAUGACCCCGUUGUGCAAACACGGCCUCUGGUUAACCUGGUGCUCAUAAAGGGAGAACAAGUCUGCAUGAUAUUUCUUGAAGAUGUGCUCGUGCGACUGAGAUCCGAGAUCACUCUCUUGGAUCAGUGGAUCUCACAGCAUGAGCAGCAGCUCAACGUGAUCGGUGUCGAUCUGAGCAGAACUGCGGGUAAAGCCAUCCCUGGAGCAGCUUCUCGCAAAACAAACGAGACAAGUGGUUGGAACAUUUUUGUCAUGAUGAAAAAUAUAUUUUACAAAGAUAACCCUGGUGAGGAUUACAGAGAAUUCUUGCUGAAGCUGACAUCAUUAACACGAGACUGCAACGCACGACCUGGAGAACCUUCAGUGUUUUUGUCAGAGAGGAUGGUGAAGCCAAUUCUGGUUCCCUACUACCACCAGCAGGAAACCAAGCAGCACGAGUUACUAGCGAGAGGCAAGCAGCACGAGGAGCUGAUGAAGAGAGCACAGAGAGAAGGGAUGACUUACAAUAAUCUCUUUGAUCUCAUUGGAAAAGAAACACACCCCCGACUGGUUAUUGUAGUUGGGACUCCAGGCAGCGGUAAAACCAUGUUGAGCAAAUUCAUUGUGCACAGCCUGCUGUCAGGUGAGAGAGUGUUUGCACGACGCUUUGAGCACAUCGUGCUCAUAACGUUCAGGGAGAUAAAUGAUGUUGGAGAGGUGUCACUCGCAGAGCUGUUUUCUGUGCUGCACUCAUGUUUGGGAAAAAAAGCGGAUGAGGUUUACGCAAACCAAGAGAGAACCCUUUUUGUUAUGGAUGGGUUGGAUGAGUUUGGAAAGUGCCUUCACUAUGCCAAUGCUUGCACUGAUCCACGUAAGACGGCAACAGUAGAAGGCAUCAUUGCUGCACUAGUGAAUGGAAACCUCUUGCCCAAGGCCUCGGUCUUGAUAACGACCAGACCUAUUGCCAUGGCGCAGCUGAGUGGAGUGAAUGUUGAUCGAGCUGUUGAAAUUGCUGGGUUUUCCCAUGAGGAUAAAAUAGAAUUUUUACGCAAUUUUUACAAAGAUAGGAAUCUAGCAGAAAGAGUACUCAAGCUCCUGCAGGAAAAUGAAACAGUGAAUACAUUGUCCCAGAACCCUUCAUUCUGUCAUAUAGCAGCCAUUACACUGAAGGAACAUUUACAAAAGUCUGAUCAUUCUGAGAUUAUCCUCAAAUCAAUGACCGACCUCUUCACACAAUACGUGUUUGGGCUCGUAGAACACCAUGGACGUGGCAGCCACGGAGCCAAGGAAAUUUUAUUGUCUCUUGCAAAUAUGGCUCUGAAAGGGGUUCAGCAAAACAUCCAGGUGUUCAGCCAAAAAGAUCUAGAAGAGUGUGUUGUUAGUUCUUCUGAACUAGGAAGUACAUUCAUCAACAAAGUGUUCACAUGUGAGGGCAUUAAACAAGGGAGUUGUUUUGAUUUAAAGCUUUCUUGUUAUUCGUUUUCACACUUAACAAUCCAGGAAUUCUUUGCAGCAAUAGCCAUGCAUUUGACACAUUCAACACGGCCAGUGAGUGACAUAAUCAAAGCUAUUGAGGACAGCAAAGAUGGGAGGUUUGAUGUGUUUCAGAGGUUUUUUUGUGGACUAGCAUCAAGCACUCCAUGGAUGUUCUUUGAGGGUAUCUUGGAUCCUCCAUCUGCAGAUUCUCAAAAGGAAAUAAUCGAGUGGCUCAAUCACAGCAUGGAAAAUCAGAAGGUUGACAAACACAGGCUCAUCAGUCUCCUGCACUGUGUGCACGAGCUGCACGACCGCAAGUCCAUGAGUGAUGCCACUCGGUCCAUGACUGAGAUAGACCUGUCAUUCACAAGGCUGUCCCUGCCAGACUGCGCUGCCAUCACCUCGAUCCUGCUGCAUCGAGAGGAACCUGUGGAGACACUCAACCUGUUUGACUGCGGCAUUGGCAUCGAGGAAAUGAAGAGGCUUCAGCCUGGACUGCACAGAUGUAAAGAGCUAGUGUGAGACUUGCACACCUCGCAUUCACUACUUCACAAAUUGUGUGUGCAUAUGUUCGUGUGUGUAAUGUUUGUAGACCCCUUCAUUUCAUGUCCUCGCCUUCCAUACUCGA